CAAAUACUGCCGUUUAAAAUUUAGUACGCACUAAAAAAUGGGUAAUUGAUAGUUGCAAAGUACUGCAGUAAGUCAUAAAAUGUCACCGAAAGUGGUCGUUUUUUGUUUUCUAAUGGGAGUUGUUCAAACUCUCGAAAUUAACGUUUUUCCAACCCUUCCUAUUAUUCUUGAAAAAAGUGAAAAUGAAUUGUGCGACGCAGAAAGCCGGCAAUAUUUGGAAAAUUUGAACAAUUUUACUUUGUGGGCUCACGAAAUGAGAGAUUCCUGUGCUCAAACCGCUACAGGUGUUUUAAGGGGAAACGGCUAUAACAUGGGAAACAUGGUGGAAUGCCUAACAGCAAACGCCCCAUUUCCAACUCAAUAUUGCCUCGUAAUAUUAAAAGCCAACGUUUCAUCAAGCACCACCAAUCGAGAUCCCUUGUCCUUGGAAUUCGAUCCCAACGGGAACGUCAUCGAUAAACUUUACGAUUAUAAAGAUAUUACUAAAUCGCCUAGGAAUACAAUCAGAAUGGGCUGGUGCGCACCGGCCUCGUGUAACCCGAGAAUCGCUCAAAAAGCGCUAAAUGAUUACGUGAAAAAUCAUAAUUACCUCCUGAAAGAAGAGAACGUUAGCUUUUCAGUGGAUAUUCCAGCCGUUCUUUGUAAAACAUCUACUGAUGAGUCCAAAUGGGAUAACUUGGAUGUAGCUUUCUGCGUUGUAACGAUAACGCUUCUGUUGAUCGUUGGAGUUGGAACAACGUUGGAUUAUCGAAAAAUGUUCAAGUCGAAUGAAAAUUCGAUGUGGAGAGAAAUACUAGUCGCUUUUUCUGCCAUAAAAAGCUACCAGAGUCUGACCAAACGAAGCCAAUCCGCUAGCUCAAUGAGGAUCUUAUUUGGUAUAAAAUCCCUAGCUUUUUUCGGAAUUAUUGGUGGUCACAGAUUAUGUAUUUUUAUCAACGGUCCCAUGUUCACCGAGGACUAUUUAGAACAUCUUUUCCGUUCGCCUUUGAUAAAAACCCAGCUACACGUGGAUCUACUUGUGGACACGUUUUUCUUCAUCGGUGGUCUUCUUGUCACUUACGGGAUAAUGGAUUUGUUAGAUAAGAACCGUUACAAUCCUUCUUUGCUAGUUUUGCUCAGGUAUCUUCGAUUAACACCGAUUUACGCCUACAUUAUCUUCUUCCACGCUACAUUGUUGUACCGUUCUGGAAGCGGGGUUCUAUGGGAAACUGUAGUGGGAGCCGAAAGGAAGAAUUGCAGGGAGAAUUGGUGGACAGGAAUACUGUACAUUUCUAACAUAGUUAAUUCGAAUAACUUUUGCAUCAUAUCGUCUUGGUAUCUAUCCUGCGAUUUCCACUUCUUCCUGCUAGCCAUAAUACUCGUGUACGUUCUCCAUAAAAACAACUGGAUAGGUUUCGCAGGAUUAGGCGUUGGUACACUGCUAAUGAUGGCGAUUACCUUUUAUCUUACUUAUGCAUACAGACGACCAGCCAUGCUGAGGUUCUAUAAAGAUUUUCUCGCCAAUCCAAUGCCUUUUAUAGACUUCCAGCUGAUUUAUAUAAAAUCUUACACGAGAGGCGCGCCCUAUUUCGUAGGGAUAUGCGCCGGAUAUCUUUACCACAAACUAAAAGAUACAGAUUUUAAUCUUUCAAAAAAACGUUUCUUAAUAACCCUCUUCGCAUCGUACCUAGUACUGAUAGCAGUGGUGUUAGCUUCAAACAUAUUUUACGAUCCGUACCACGAAUACAACGCUGUGGAAUCCUCCUUCUUCGGGUCGACGUUCAGGUUGAUUUGGGCGAUAGGUACGUUCGGAUUCGUGUUUGCGGUCAGCUUCGGACCGCAUGGAAUCCUCUACAAUUUUCUCUCCUGGAGCAAUUUCGAAGUACUGGCUAAGCUGACGUACGGGGCUUAUUUGGUACACAUCGGAUUCCAGUACCGCGACGUUGCUUCAUCGGUGGCGCCCGGCAAAUUCUGGCUCUCCGAUAUGUUGCUUACGGUUAUUUCGGAUGCGGUUUGGUGCUUCAUUUUGUCGUUUGGACUUUAUUUAGCUAUAGAACAACCUUUCAAGGCGCUCAUAAAUGUUUUAAUCAUGGGUAAGAAGAAAAACUUUACAUUAAAUAUACCGGUCGAGAAGUUGCCCAAUAAAUUUGAAAACAGCAAACUGUAGUUAAAACAUAUUAAAAAUAAUACGUAUAUUUAGUUAAAAUUAAUCAUUGCGCACAUAAAAUAAAUAAAAUAGAUAUAAUAUACGUUACAUUCAAUCAUCGUCUUCUAUUAUUUCGUCUUCCUCUUCCUCACCUUCGCCCAACUCUUCGCCCAUCGGUAAAAAUUCCUCCAUGGGUUUCGGCAAAUGAUCGAUACGCCACUGUUCUUCCUGGGCUCCAGUCGGAUCCGUCAUUUCCAUGACCUCGGGUCCAAUGGGAUACUCCUGUUGUACGGGAGGAAGCGGCAUGGGCGAGAAAUUGUGCUCCAUGUAUUUCAAACCGAAACCUAACCAACGCUAUAGUGCAUUAUGUUUUUCAUUUGUAAUUAGUUUUUACCUAAAUAAACGUUGUGGAAUAUCGGCCCCUGCGUGGAUAGGCAAUAAGCGCCGGGCCACAGGUUGGAGCGCACGAUGGCCAAGGCGAAAUCGUCCAUUAUGCUGGACGAGCACCGGAUACUCCACGGUGGAAUCGCCUCGACAGCAGCGUCUUCGGAAAGAGGCGUGAGCAAAGGCGGCCCGGUUUCCGGCUCGACCGAAAACCUUCGCUUAUCCAUUUCCUCCUCCUCUUCGCCCAGCUUUUCUUCCUCGUUUUCAGACUCUUCCGCCCCCUCGCCGGCUCCUUCAGG